UUCUAGAAAUAGUAUAAAGGAAAGCCGUUCUAAUUCACGUGCAACCUCCCCCGCGAAGAGGUUGGCUCUGCAUCGGAAAUAGCAAGGCCGGCUCUCCCCACCCUUCCUCCACCCUCUCCCUCUCUCCAACCCCCACAUUCCCACCGUACCUAAACCCCCGCCCCUCUCUCUCUCUCUCUCUCUCUCUCUCUCUCUCUCUCUCGUCCUCGUUGAGAAGAAAGGAGGGGAGAGCAAUCCCAUGGCGAGCCGUUACGAGAGCAACCCCUUCGACGAGGAGGAGGUCAAUCCCUUCGCGGACUCAACUGCCCGUGGAAGAGCAGCAGGACAGUCGAAUUAUGGCGGAGGGCCUUUCUAUACAACAAAUCCUGGAAGUGUCCCCCCUGCUUCAAAUUCUCAUCUUUCACCUCUUCCUCCAGAGCCUGCCGAUUUCUACAAUGGUCGUGGUGCAACAGUUGAUAUUCCUCUUGAUUCAGCAAAAGAUUUAAAGAAAAAGGAGAAGGAACUCCAAGCAAAGGAGGCAGAACUAAGCAAGAGGGAAAAGGAACUUAAACGAAGGGAGGAGGCUGCAGCACGCGCUGGCAUUGUUAUUGAGGAGAAAAACUGGCCUCCUUUUUUCCCUAUUAUUCAUCAUGAUAUUGGAGGUGAAAUUCCAGUUCACCUGCAGAGAUUGCAAUACAUUGCAUUUGCAUCGUUGCUAGGAUUAGUUGGAUGCCUCACUUGGAAUGUUAUAGCAGUUACAGCAGCUUGGAUCAAGGGGGAAGGCGUAAAGAUCUGGCUUCUUGCCAUCAUCUACUUCAUCUCUGGUGUCCCAGGUGCAUAUGUGUUGUGGUACCGCCCUCUUUAUAAUGCAAUGAGGACUGAAAGUGCCUUAAAAUUCGGAUGGUUUUUUUUGUCUUAUUUGUUUCAUAUUGGUUUCUGCAUCUAUUCAGCUGUGGCUCCUCCCAUUUUCUUUGAGGGAAAAUCCUUGACAGGAAUUUUGCCAGCAAUAGAUGUCUUGGGCAACCAUGUAAUAGUUGGGGUCUUCUACUUCAUUGGAUUUGGGUUCUUUUGCCUCGAGUCACUGCUCAGUAUCUGGGUCAUUCAGCAAGUGUACAUGUAUUUCCGAGGGAGCGGAAAAGCUGCAGAGGUGAAGCGUGAGGCGGCACGUGGUGCCAUGAGGGCGGCAUUUUGAAGCUUCAUAGCACUUGAUGCACAUGACAGAUCCCAACAGUACAUGGAACAAUGAGAUAUGCCCACAGUUGGAGACUCAUGCAUGCUUCUCGACUUUCUUUUGCCAUUUGAUGUACUGAAUGAGCGUCUCCAUUGUUCUUUUCCUUAUUCACUGAGAGGGUGUACAGCUUCGCUAAAGCUUUAUUACCUGAUUUUACCUUGUUUCAUUUCUCCAUGCGUGUCCUUACAGGAAACUAUACUUAAAAAUGUUCUCCAGUACUAUCGUUCUUAACCUUAUUCUAUAGGUUUUGUUAUGUCUGGUCGUUAACAGGGCAAUGCUUUCUCCAGUAUUAGAGCUUUGUUCUGAGUACUGGGUGUUUGCUAUAGAAAUCAUUUUUGGAAUCUGAAUUAUGCAAUUAUUUGGUUU